UAUGCCUAAAAAGGGGAAGAAAAAGUAUGUUGCUCCGAUUACAAUUAUAACAGAAGUCGAAAGAAAAUUCUACGAACUACAUAUAGAAGACUUACGUAAAAGAAUAGAAAGGCAGGAGUUAUUACUUAUUGAACUUGAAGAGAAAAAGUCAGAAUGUAAACUUAAUAUCGAAGAGAUUGAUGGUAAAAACCUAGAAAUUAUUAAAGGACUACAAGUAUCAUUGUCAGAAAAACAUGCUGAAUUAAACGAUGUUCAACAAGCUAUUGUAAAUUUAAACAAGUCUACAGAUGAUAAAACUCAACAAUAUGAAGACAAAAUUGAGGCGAUGGACAGAGAGUAUGACGAAACUCAAGCAAAGCUUACAUCACAAAAUAAACUGCUAACAGGUAGUUUAAACAACUUGGAAGAAUUCAGAAACGUUCAACAGGAGCUCCUGGAGAAAUAUGAUGAACGCCAGAAAAGUAUAGACGAAGAAGAACACAGACAUGAAUUAGCUAAAAAGGACAUCUUAGAAAAGUUCGAAAUUAUGAAAGAUAAAUUGACCAAUGACAUGGAAAAUAGGUUACUACAAUUAUCAUCAGACUUUCAGACUCAUGCAAUGAUAAAAAUGCCAGCAACUGUAUAUCGUAUGACAAGAGAGAACACAGUAAUUAAAAAUUUUAUGGAUAUAUUACUGGGAGCUCAACACAGUCUUCAAGAAGAAAUGUUUGAUUUAGAAUCUCAAGACAAGGACUUAAAAGAAGAAGCUCAAGAAGAAACGGAAAAAAAUAAAGUGAUAUUGAAAAAACUUCAAGUAUUGAAAAAAGUCAUACGUGAUCUUUCAGCAAUACUUCAUACAGCCAAACGUAUGAUUAGAAAAACUGUACAAAUUGCAGUAGUUACUUCAGUACGCAAUCAUUUGGAAGAACUUGAGGAGAAAAGGAAAAUUGUGAAUGAUCUGAUAUAUGUUAAUAGAGUGUUACAACAAAACAUAUUAGAAUUGAAACGUUCCGAGUCUCAUAUUGUUAAAAAGUACAAUAAUUAUAUGUAUAAAUAUGACCACUUGUGUGCAGUACACAAGGAAGCUAAGUGUUCUAUUAAUGAAGCUUUGGAUCACAUAAAACUUAAUAAUUCAUACGAUGCAAUUCCGAUACUGAAAAGGUUGCUUUACUUGAUUCAAUAUCCUACAGAUGUACAAGAUGAUGCUCAUUCCUUAUCGAUUAUAUCAAUGGAUUACAAGACUCCACCAGAUGUAGAAUUGCCUGAUGACAUACCAUUACGAAUAGUAUAUCCUGUUAAACGAGAACGAGCAAUACUUGUUGCGGUACCGGAGGAUGAUAGAGACAGAAAGUCUUCGAAAAUGAUUGCAGAAAUGCCUAUGAUGAUGAUGAUGGUGGAGGAAGAAGAAGUGAAGGAGGAGGAAUCAAUACACACAGUGGAAAGUGUUCGUAGUGAUCCAUUCUUUAAAGAAUCAGAAUUGGAAAUUACUAUUAUUGAUGAAGAAUAUGAUGAAAUCGAAAUUGAGGAAGAGGAGGAAGAAGAGGAAUCCUCAGAUAAUGAAGAAACCAACUUAGAAAUGGGAUCCAAAACAUCCUCUAUGGAACUUGAUACAGUGGAAAUAUAGAAUUUUAUCAAAUUAUACAAAACAUUUAUAAACAUAAAUACAUUAUAUAUUUAUUUUAAUGAA